UUUAUAUUUCCCACUCGCAACCAACAUCGCUAUGAAGUUACCCUUUCAUGUAGUCCGGUUCUUGAAGCUUGAGGGCGGUGAGGCUGAAUAAUUUAUCACUUAGUUGCGGCUCUUUUCGUGGGAAUACUGUGGUUGCCUACGCCGGUUCGUAUUCAAGCAUGACUCAACUACCGCUAGUACUUAUUUAAAGAACCACAUGCCAUUCACCCGUUGAUGUUUUAUUCCACUAACAGUAUCUAAGACAAGCUGUUGCACCAGAUUGACAAAAAUAUCCGCCGGCCAACAGAAUAUACGUACCUACUCGUACGUCAAUCGAUAUUUCUCCGUAAUAAUGGCGACAAACAAGGCGGGCUCUCCCACAUACAGCUACACCGUGGCACCUCAUCUUGUAGCCGAGUUCGAUGUCCCCAUCGCUGAUUUCGCCGCUGCCCACCGCCAAUACAACUACUUCAUCGUCGGCGGUUUCGUCUUUACAAACCGCAAGCAAAAGCAGCACCCUCCAGCUUCAGCCUCGUCUGUCGCCAAAAAGCAGCCUCAACAACCAUUGAUGCUCAUUAUGCAACGCUCUCUCAGUGACUCCUUUGGUGGAUACUGGGAUUUCCCAGGUGGCUCCCUCGAGCCUACAGACCAAACCAUCCUAGACGGGGUUGCCCGUGAAGUGUUCGAGGAAACAGGUUUCCAUGUGAGCAAGAUCCGGGACCUGGUUCGUCUUGAUCACUGGGUCAUGGAGAGCAAAUCUCGCGGAAUCAUGAGUAAUGCGAAAUAUACUUUUCUCAUCGAUGUGCACGAAGCAGCGGAUACGGAGGACUGGGAAGAGAAAGUUCGCCUGGACCCCGCCGAACAUAUGAAGUGGGCGUGGGUGACGAGAGAAGAAAUUGAAGAGAGUGCCAAGAUGCGACGUGAGCGGAGAUCAGAGGACGUUCCGUAUCUAUUUGUCGGCGUACAGGGAGAUACUACCGCGGAGGCCUGGAAGAUCUAUUCCAAGGUGAUUAAGGGUUCGGAGACAACGAUUUAAUAUACAGUCCUGAACUAUUUUCUGCCGUGGUGUGAUCUAUCGUCUUGAUGGAACUUGUAAUUGAUUCAAAUGGCUUAUAUAUAUAUAAAAUAAGAAUAAAGA